AUGUCUUCUGACUUGAAUCUUAAAAAGUCAUGGAACCCUAAGCUUGUGAAAAAUAGAGAAAAAGUAUGGGAAAAAGAACAAGAUCUUUUGUCGAAACGCAAAAAGCAAUCAGCACUUGAUUCAUCUGUUGGUCAAAGGAGCCGAGAGCCGUUCAACGACUCUAUCACUGACAAUUCUUUGCCAGAGAUCAGGUGGAUGUACGAAGAGAACAAUUCUCACACGAGGAGUAGUGAACCCAGCAAUAUUCGCAACUCCGGAGAUACAGCCCAGGAUUACUUGAACAAGUUACGACCCGCUUCUCACAAUUCAAGUCGACUAAAAAACAAAAAGCCAACCGAUGUUUCCAAUGCGCAAUAUCUGGAUGGGAAACAAAAGAAAAAUAAUGAUUUGCGAAGUGAGGAUCCAAUGACUAGGUUCACGAAUAGUCUACAGAGGGGCACGCGCAGAAAUGCUUCUAAGGUAAGGAAGACAAGGGUUUCAAACUACAACGAGCUAAGGAAAUGA